AUGGGUUUUCUUUUUUUUCUUCGUCGAGGCAGUGCCAUCGCUGUAGUGAUAAUCUUCGCUGCUGUGAUAACUUUGAUUGAUGCACGAGGUGGUCGACGAGCCGGUAAAGGAAAAGGCAAGAGCAAUCUGCAAUUUGCACAAGUUGCUGAAUUUUCAUUGUAUUACGAGAAACUUCUGGGAGAGGAUAUGCUCUGGAGUAAGCUGGAGAUUGAUCCGGCCACAAUGGGCGAUCAGGGGAUCUAUGCAUGCGUUGCGAACAACGAACAUGGCGUUAUGGCGAAAAAUUUCAAAGCCGAAUUUACCUACUAA